AUGGAGGAGCAGCUUUUCCAGUCUGAUAUCGCGGAUCUCGGACUGAGCACCUUAGAGGCACUGGUGCGCGAGCAGCACCUACAGAAUGCACGGAUAGAAGCCCGCCUGAGUGUACUCGAGAAGCGAAUGUCAUCGUUGCCGCUACACACGGGGUUGACGACGCCAAAGAAACUAACCUGCAGCGACGACGACGACGGAGCGACACGAAAAACGGCGCUCUCACUUGACGAGGUGGAAGCCCCGGGGCCCAACACCUCAGCAGGCGAUCUUGCAACACUCAUGUGCGACUAUUGCUUUCUCUUUUCCCACAAGUGCUUCCCGUGUCCUCGUUGUGGACGCGAGUGGUACUGCAGCGCUGCCUGUCAGCGACUACGCCACCGCUGCCAUGCUUCUCGAUGCGGACAACAGUAUCUACCUCAGACGCGCCUUCAGCCGAGAAUCGCUCACUAG